AACUAAAGAUUGCUUGUCAUCGUCGUCGGAACAAAAUCGAAAUAUCUACCUACACCGUGUUUUGUAAAUUAAAAAGCUUUUAAAUUGUAUAUGAAUACUUAAUAAUUUAAACAUAAUAAGUUUCAACCUCGACAGGUAACAAAGUAAGAUACUGCCAUGAGCUCCAUUGGAACAGGUUAUGAUUUAUCCGCGUCACAAUUCUCUCCUGAUGGCCGGGUAUUUCAAGUCGAAUAUGCCGGAAAAGCAGUUGAAAAUUCCGGAACUGUAAUAGGCUUAAGAGGGAAGGAUGGUGUGGUGUUUGGUGUGGAGAAGCUUGUCACAUCAAAGCUCUAUGAACCUGGUGCUAAUAAAAGAAUAUUUCAUAUAGAUGAACAUGUUGGUAUGGCUGUCUCUGGCCUCAUCUCAGAUGCACGACAGAUUGUUGAAACUGCUCGCUCAGAAGCUUCCAACUACAGAUCCCAAUAUGGGAUCCCAGUCCCUUUGAAGUACUUGAACGAGCGUGUAUCAAUGUAUAUGCAUGCAUACACCUUGUACAGUGCAGUCCGACCAUACGGUUGCUCUGUCAUAAUGGGCACAUGGUCAGAGCAUGAUGGUCCACAGAUGUACAUGAUGGAACCUAGUGGAGUUUCAUUUUCAUACUUUGGCUGUGCUGUUGGGAAAGCAAAACAGGCAGCAAAAACAGAAAUUGAGAAACUCAAGCUUGCUGAUAUGUCCGUUAAAGAUCUUGUCAAGGAAGCAGCUAGAAUUAUCUAUAUUGUCCACGAUGAGUUAAAAGACAAGCAGUUUGAGUUGGAGCUCUCUUGGGUUUCCAAAGACACAAAGGGACGCCACCAAAUGGUUCCAAAAGAGGUUGCAUCGGAAGCAGAAAAUCAAGCAAAACAAGCCUUAGCUGAUAUUGAGGACUCGGAUGAUGGGGAAAUGUAAAUCAUUGCUUAGAUAAUAAAUUUUAUAUUGUAUA